AUGAAUAACCACCCGUAUAAUGACUUGCCUUAUGGUGGCUUGGUAGAAUUGUCUGAUGAUACUGAAUCUAGUAAUGAAGAAGAUGCGAAUCAUUCAAAUGUGGUGAUUCCAAAUGGUAGCACGGUAGAAUUGUCUGAUGAUACUGAAUCUAGUAAUGAAGAAGAUGCGAAUCAUUCAAAUGUGGUUAUUCCAAAUGGUGGCACGGUAGAAUUGUCUGAUGAUACUGAAUCUAGUAAUGAAGAAGAUGCGAAUCAUUCAAAUGUGGUGAUUCCAAAUGGUGGCACGGUAGAAUUGUCUGAUGAUACUGAAUCUAGUAAUGAAGAAGAUGCGAAUCAUUCAAAUGUGGUGAUUCCAAAUGGUGGCACGGUAGAAUUGUCUGAUGAUACUGAAUCUAGUAAUGAAGAAGAUGCAAAUCAUUCAAAUGUGGUGAUUCCAAAUGGUGGCACGGUAGAAUUGUCUGAUGAUACUGAAUCUAGUAAUGAAGAAGAUGCGAAUCAUUCAAAUGUGGUGAUUCCAAAUGGUGGCACGGUAGAAUUGUCUGAUGAUACUGAAUCUAGUAAUGAAGAAGAUGCGAAUCAUUCAAAUGUGGUGAUUCCAAAUGGUGGCACGGUAGAAUUGUCUGAUGAUACUGAAUCUAGUAAUGAAGAAGAUGCGAAUCAUUCCAAUGUGGUGAUUCCAAAUGGUGGCACGGUAGAAUUGUCUGAUGAUACUGAAUCUAGUAAUGAAGAAGAUGCGAAUCAUUCAAAUGUGGUGAUUCCAAAUGUUGGCACGGUAGAAUUGUCUGAUGAUACUGAAUCUAGUAAUGAAGAAGAUGCGAAUCGUUCAAAUGAAGUGAUUCCCCAUGGUGGCUCGGUAGAAUUGUCUGAUGAUACUGAAUCUAGUAAUGAAGAAGAUGCGAAUCAUUCAAAUGUGAUGAUUCCAAAUGGUGGCACGGUAGAAUUGUCUGAUGAUACUGAAUCUAGUAAUGAAGAAGAUGCGAAUCAUUCAAAUGUGGUGAAUCCAAAUGGUGGCACGGUAGAAUUGUCUGAUGAUACUGAAUCUAGUAAUGAAGAAGAUGCGAAUCGUUCAAAUGAAGUGAUUCCCCAUGGUGGCUCGGUAGAAUUGUCUGAUGAUACUGAAUCUAGUAAUGAAGAAGAUGCGAAUCGUUCAAAUGAAGUGAUUCCCCAUGGAGGCGGUAGAAUUGUCUGA